AUGUAUUUUAUUUCAAUUAUAAAAAGAACAUUUUCUAAAAAUUUAGGAGUUUUGUUCUUAAGACACAUGUCGAAAUCAAAUGAUAUUGCCUGUACUAUCAAUGUGGACAAACAAAGUGAGGAUUAUGGGGGCGACAAAUUAAUAAGUCCUUCAGCUACCAGAAACCAAGAACCCAUUUUACAGGUUUUAAAAAGAUUUCUAAUAUGUGAUAUUGACCAAGUGGAAGAUGAAAGUCCUUUAUUCUUGGAAAUUUCUUCAGGUACAGGUCAACACCUAGCAUAUUUUGCACCUCAUUUCCCUGGUGUAAAAUUCCAACCAUCAGAAUAUGAUGUUAAGGUGAUGAAAAGCAUAUCAUAUUAUGCAAACAACUGUCCAACAAAGAAUAUUUUUCAACCGUUGCUGAUUGACAUUCAAAACAAGUUAAGUAAUUAUGGAUUUGAGGAGGAUUCAAUUGACUAUAUGUUCAAUGCCAAUAUGAUUCACAUAAGUCCUUUUGAAUGCACUAUUGGUUUAUUUGAGAAUGCAGGAACUUACUUGAAACCAGAAGCUUUAAUGAUAACUUAUGGACCUUACAGUAAGGAUGGUGUUUUAUCACCAGAAAGCAAUGUAGCAUUCAAUGCUUCUCUGAAAGCUAGAAAUCCAUUGUGGGGUAUUAGAGAUAUUAAUGAUUUAAUCAAAUUAGGAAAUGAAAACAAUUUAUCUCUUAUUGACACUGUUGAAAUGCCAGCAAACAAUAUGACUCUGAUAUGGAAAAAAGAUUAG